UCGCGCCCCCCCGCUGUCGUGAGCUGACGCCGCCCGGUGGGGCUGAGGUGGCAGAGGUGGUGGCGGGUGGCGGGCGCCGACUCCCCCGAGGCCGCCGUCCGGGCGAGGUGUCCUCAUGCCUCCUCCCGCGGACCAUGUCCAUGAUCUUUUUUGCCACCGUGGUACGAGUGAGGGAUGGACUGCCCCUCUCAGCCUCUACUGACUUCUACCACACUCAGGAUUUUGUGGAGUGCAGGAAACGGCUCAAGACGUUAACCCUGCGACUGGCCCAGUGUCCAGGCCGAGGCUCUGCAGAAAGCUGUGACUUCAGGAUACAUUUUUCAGCUUCCGGGGAUGUGGCCUGCAUGGCUAUCUGCUCGCGCCAGUGUCCUACAGCCAUGGCCUUCUGCUUCCUGGAGACACUGUGGUGGGAAUUCACAGCAUCCUAUGACAACACCUGCAUUGGCCUAGCCUCCAGGCCCUAUGCCUUCCUCGAGUUUGACAAUGUCAUUCAGAAAAUGAAGUGGCACUUUAACUGCAUCUCCUCCUCCCAGAUAAAAAGCAGCAUGGAGAAAAUUCAGGAAGAGCUUGAGGUCCAGCCCCCCGUGGUUCUCACUCUGGAGGACAUGGAUGUGGCAAACGGGGUGAUGAAUGGUCACGUGCCGAUGCACUCGCAGCCUGCUCCCAAUGUCCGAAUGGAGCCGGUGACUGCCCUGGGCAUCCUCUCGCUUGUCCUCAACAUCCUGUGUGCUGCUCUGAACCUCAUUCGUGGAGUUCACCUUGCAGAACAUUCCCUGCAGGUUGCCCAUGAGGAAAUUGCAAACAUCCUGGCUUUUCUUGUUCCUUUUGUGGCCUGCAUUUGUCAGUGUUACCUGUACUUGUUCUACAGUCCAGCCAGGACCAUGAAGGUCGUGCUGAUACUGCUCUUCAUUUGCCUGGGCAACGUGUACCUGCAUGGGCUGCGGAACCUCUGGCAGAUCCUUUUCCACAUAGGAGUGGCUUUUCUGUCUUCCUAUCAGAUACUGAGCAGGCAGCUCCAGGAGAAGCAGUUGGACUGUGGAGUGUGACAACCACACCAGGCAAGGAGC